AACUAUUCAGCUUUGAGAUUUUUCUGAAGCAUCAUCAUGCCUGAACCAGCAAAGCCCGCGCCCAAGAAGGGCUCAAAGAAAGCCGUCACCAAGAGCGCCACCAAGAGCGGAAAGAAGCGCAAGAGGUCCAGGAAGGAGAGCUACGCCAUCUACGUGUACAAAGUCCUGAAGCAGGUUCAUCCCGACACCGGCAUUUCUUCAAAGGCGAUGGGCAUCAUGAACUCUUUCGUCAACGACAUCUUUGAGCGCAUCGCCGGUGAGUCUUCUCGUCUCGCUCACUACAACAAGCGCUCCACCAUCACCUCGAGAGAGAUCCAGACCGCCGUGCGUCUCCUGCUGCCCGGUGAACUCGCCAAACACGCCGUGUCUGAGGGAACAAAGGCCGUCACCAAAUACACGAGCUCCAAGUAAAGCCGAAAGUACCCAAUCUGAACCCAAAGGCUCUUUUAAGAGCCACCCACAGUUUCAAUGAAAAGAGUUUUUGUAAGUUGAAAAAUCAAAGUGUGGGGGAAAAUGUGCAAAACAUUAACUAGACACUUCAUGUGUAUUUAAACCAUGUGUGUAUAUUAUCAUGAAUAUUGACAUGAGAUGCUAGUGUAAUUAAAACUUUACUUUUUAUGGUAAUGUU